ACUGCAAUGGCCGUUCUGCUAGGCAAUAAUUUCUCCAAAGAAUUCAGAAUUGGGAUAGCCUUCCUUUUCAUACAUGCAAUGCAUACCGUGGCGAGUAGAUGCUCUCGCUGUGGCGGCUGCGGCCACAGCUCGAUAGCUUGCCGCGUCGCCGCCACCGCAUGCCAGAGAGGAAGUGAGGCCGCCACCAUGCGCUGCGGCGGCGGAGGCGCCGCCGCUGGGCUGAGGCUCUUCGGGGUGCAGCUCGGUGCCGCUUCAACAAGUGGCGGCGGCGCUUCGCCGGCGUUGCAGCUGCACAAGAGCUACAGCGUGGAUUGCCUGAACCUGCAGGCUUGUUCUGCUCCGGCCUAUGCUCUCGUCGCGGCUCCUCUGCUUCUGUCGCCGUCGCGGUCGUCGGCUCUGCUCCUGUCGAUCGACGAGUGCUCGACGGGGAGAGCCACCGACGGCGGCAGCGGCGGCGGCUACCUCUCCGACGACGGCGGUCGCGGCGGCGCUGCGUUGCGGGAGCGGAAGAAGGGCGUCCCGUGGAGCGAGGAGGAGCACAGGCUGUUCUUGGAGGGGCUUGAUAAGCUCGGCAGGGGCGACUGGCGAGGCAUCUCCCGGGGCUUCGUCACCACGAGGACGCCCACGCAGGUCGCCAGCCACGCGCAGAAGUUCUUCCUCAGGCAGAGCAGCGCCGGGAAGAAGAGCAGCACCAAGCGCCGGUCCAGCCUCUUCGACAUGGUUCAGAAUUGUGAGAGUGGAAGAGAUGUAGUACUUGUCUCUGAUGCUUCAGACGGCAAGGCCGCCAGCACCUCAAAUUCUGUGUCUCCAAAGGCACCGCGCGAUGUGUAUCGGAAGGAGUCGACGGCCAUUCAUGAGAGGACGACGAUAAGGCCUUCGUCAGAGAGGGAUUCAGUUUCAGAGACAGUUACGGUGACGACGGAGCAAGCUCACGGAUACCACUGCUCCCCGCUAAAUCUGGAGCUCGGCAUGUCCCUGUCGACGCCAUCGAUCGGAACCUAGCAAUUCGCGAGCAAUCUCAUCUCAUCAGGGUGAGAUGGCAGGUGCGCUGAAGCUGAAGCUAGCUGCCCGCCUGCCCCACAGGCUACAUAGCCAUGGAAAUGGUUGUAAACGAAAGCUUGUAAUCUUGCCACCUUAUCCAAAUAGUGAAAAGAACCAAAGUGUUGUUCACCUGAAAACAGCAGUCAGUCUUCACUGGAGUAA